UGCGUAUCAUUGUAUCGAUAAUAUUGCCUAUGGGUGCUAUCGCAUUUACAACCAAAACAUCAAGAAACUUCAGCUCAAAGAUAUUCCAGAAUAGAAGCCUUUAGCAAAAAUGGGACAACAGCGAGAGUGCAUUGUCGUCAACAUGCGUUCGGCGGUAGCGCUGAUCAUCAUAUUCGUACUGACUGGCAUAAGAAAUAGCGAAACCGCCAGCGGGGACAACCAAAUGGAUCUAACGGACAUCAAGAGUGAGCAGCGAAAGGACAGCAACAAUGCAGGCAACAACAACAACGAUAACGUGGUAUUUGUGCCAGCAUUGGCUAACAUGGGCAGUAAGUCACCAGUUGCUGGCGACAACAACAACAACGGCAACAACACCACGAACAUGCUAUGCCCCUUGGAUAAAGAAACACCCUGUGAACGGUUGCACUUCCCAUGCAUUCGCUGCACAUACAAUUUUAAUUGCCUGUACGGCCGCGAUAUAAACAUCACGUGCGAGGCAGCCAACAAUGUUCAAUGCAGCGGAGAGCGCUCGUUUCAGCGUCAAAUGAAUUGUCGCUAUUGCUACCAAACUGAAAUGUGGCAACAGAACUGUGAACAGCAUGCCAAUUGCAAUUCGGCAGCAGAGAAAUACUAUCGCACCAAUUGCACUGUGCACCAGGAUGUGUUCUGUCUGGGCAGCCGCUCGUUUACUCGCAAUUUGCGUUGUAAUUGGACACAGGGCUAUCGCUGGAGCACUGCUCUGCUCAUCAGCCUCACUUUAGGCGGCUUUGGCGCCGACCGUUUCUAUUUGGGCCACUGGCAAGAAGGCAUUGGCAAGCUGUUCAGCUUUGGUGGCCUCGGCGUCUGGACAAUCAUCGAUGUGCUGCUUAUAUCUAUGCACUAUUUGGGCCCUGCCGACGGUUCACUCUAUAUUUAAUCCGGCGAGCAGCCCCGCUUUUGUCAAUGUCCAUAUGUAAUGGACAGUGUAAGAGGUUAUGGGGUAAUUACCUAAGAUGCGUAUCAUAUAAAUUCAGUUUGCAAUUUUCAACAUUUCUAGUUUAUAACGCAUGAUUAAUAAGACAAUUG